AUGGCAAUGCAGGCGCCGCAGGUGCCGCUUGCCAACGACAAGAAAAGAGUGAAGGUGUACGAGUUGCGCGACAAUGAUUGGUUUGAUCGAGGUACCGGGUUUUGCACCGGGCAGGUCAUCAAUGAUGAACCACGUAUCUACGUCGAGUCCGAGGACCAACCCGAUCGUAUGCUGCUCGAGACGAAAAUCGUCAAGGAUGAUGGGUAUCAGAAACAACAAGACACGUUGAUCGUGUGGACUGAAACCAAUGGCGUCGAUAUGGCGCUCAGUUUCCAAGAGGCGGACGGUUGCGCAGUUAUAUGGGAAUUUGUCCACCAAGUCCAGCAACAACUGUUGGCACUUCCAGAUACUGACAAGUUGGAAGACGAUGGCCUCUCGGAUGACGCGCUCGACAACAUUUCGACAUCAUUCACCCUUAACCCUCCCGAACUGAGCAACCUAGACGAAAUCGAGCAGAACAUUCGACAAGCAAGCAUCACCCAAGGAGGUCGCGAAGCGCUGGCAAAAUUUCUACUGAAAGAGGACUAUGUUUCCAAACUAAUACCCUUGGUGGAGAUCGCAGAAGACCUUGAGAGUCUAUCGGAUUUGCACAGGUUAUGCAAUAUCAUGAAAGCGCUGAUUUUGAUGAACGAUAACGCUGUCAUCGAACACCUUGUCACGGACGACAUAAUCAUCGGUGUUGUGGGCGCCCUGGAGUAUGAUCCUGAUUUCCCUACCCACAAGGCCAAUCACCGACAAUAUCUAUCGGACGAAUCGAGAUAUAAAGAGGUGGUUGAGAUUAAGGAUCCAAACAUCAAAAGGAAGAUCCGGCAAACCUGGCGACUACAGUAUUUGAAGGAUGUCGUUUUGGCCCGAAUACUGGAUGAUCCCACCUUUGGCGUAUUGAAUUCCCUUAUCUUCUUUAACCAGGUCGACAUUGUACAACAUCUUCAGAACAACACCACUUUCUUGAAAGAGCUUUUUGCGAUAUUCAAUCCCGACAACACCGACGUCAAGCGUAAGGAGCAAGCGGUGCAUUUCUUGCAGCAAUGCGCUGCCAUCGCGAAGACCCUGCAAAUGCAAGCGCGCGCAAAUUUGCUCAACAAUUUCAUCGCUCAUGGCCUCUUCUCGGUCAUCACCUUUGCUGUAAAGCACCCCGAACCAACGAUGAGAACAACUGGCAUCGACAUCCUUGUGGCUUUGCUGGAUCACGAUCCUAAUAUGAUGCGAGGUUACAUGCUCAAAGCUGUGCACGAGAAGAAGACUCCUCUAACCGACACACUUAUCGACCUCUUGCACGCGGAGACGGAUUUGGGAGUCAAGAACCAAUUGGCAGACGCUAUUAAGAUUCUUUUGGAUCCUCAGCCUCCUUCGAAUGAUCCCAUGCAAAAUCGACAGAACUCCGAGUAUAUGACGAAACUCUCUCGCCCACCGCAGAUGACGGAUGCGCAACAGAAAAGAGAGGAUUUUGCCCAAGAGAACUUCGAUCGAUCUUGCCGGAAGCUGUUCAAGCCAUUGAGAGAUCUUGAUUCAAGAGAGUCAUUGCGCAACUUCAGCUACCAGGAAGUCUCGUUGUUUUCAUAUUUGGUGGAGAUCCUGACCUUCUUUAUCCGCCAGCAUUCCAUGGGAAGCCGGUCUUUCAUCCUUGCUGAAAAUCCAGCACCUCGAGUGGCUAUGCUGAUAAAAGUGCCCCAGAAACCACUCAAAUUGACAGCACUCAAAUUCUUCCGCACAUGCAUAUCGUUGCAAGAUCAAUUCUAUGCUGCUCAGGUCAUCAAGAGUGGUGCAUUUGGAGCUCUAUUGGGAAUCGUUAUUGACACAAUGCCGAGGGAUAAUCUCCUGAAUUCGGCGUGUCUGGAACUCUUCGAGUUUAUCCGAAGGGAAGAGAUCAAGCCGAUCAUUCUGCAUCUGGGUGAGAAUUAUCGUGAGAAGCUGCAAGACAUUACCUACGUGGACACUUUCGAAGACCUCACUGUCAAAUAUGAACACAUGACCACCACUCAUCCUGAACCCGAACACACGCUGUACAGCCAGGACGAUGCAACACCUCCAAUGAACCGCGUUCACAUCAAUGGCAGAUGGCAAGGGCUUCAGGAAAUGGACGCGAACGAAGAAGACUAUUUCAACACCUCUGACGACGAUGAAGAAGAGCACGAUGAGGAUGCAGAGCGUGAGGAUGUCAAAGACGUAUCCGAGCGUAUGCAAUGGCAUCGCAGAAGGAUGAAGUCAGAAAUGUUGAAUGGAAGUGCUUCUCCGAUCACUAAACCACUAGUCGACUACCCUGACGAUGACGAGGACGAAAAUAUGGAUUCCAAGGCAUUGUCCACGCCGCAAACUCCUCUGACUCCUGAAAGUGGAAAAGAGGCAUCAACACCCGACAACCGGGCCACCCCUGAGAAGAGAUUACAACCAUCGCCCGAGAUCAAGUCGUCCGCAGAGUCAGAGCUGCAAAAUCCUCCAGAGCGUCUGACGGAAAAGCGACGGAGACAAGAUGACGACGAUGAGGAUGAGUUGGGCAAACUAUCUGGUGGUCCCAAACGAAGGAAUUCGACUUCCAGUGCAUCAAGUCUUGCAUCAUCAGGCUCCCUGAGACGCAAAAAAGGGUUCCUACGGUCAAAGCAGGCUAGUGACCAACCUACAUUGUCGAGCAGUGUGGACAGAGAGAACCAUGUCGAAGGGCGGAAGCCGCGCAAGAUUGCUAUCAGCCUUUCCAACGUUACGAAUAAACCUGAUGAUUCGCCAACGAACGCAAAGUCGCAGGGCAAAAAGGCCAAUGCGACCAAAGAACAGAAUUAGAGGCAUUGGAGCUUCCGACAUAUGCUCGUUAUUGCGUUGGUGUUGUGGAGUCGAAUUCUGUACCAUACAAAUCAAGGGGAUGGGGAUACUUGG